AUGCCCAUUGGCACAUGGAAUGACUCAGAUGAUGAAUGGCAGGACAUGCCCAUUGAGCACAUAGGAGCACCCACCAUACCUAAUGUGCUUGAUGAAAACGAUAGCGAUGGCGACAUGUCGCCCCGUACAAGACGAGCCACGCGUGAAGCAAAGCUCAUGCACAACCGUCGCGAGCAUUUGCGUGGCCGAGGCACAUCCGCGCAAGGCGGGACAUCCAACACGGCCGGCCAGCACCUUGAAAUUCGAGAUGCACGUGGCUACGAUUGGCGCACUCGACCAGGUUCACACAUCGGUGACUCGCAGCCGGAGCCUGAUGGCACAGGAUAUACUCGAUUACGCCUAGAUGACAAGGAGGAAAACGCAGAGUUGCAAGCUGCGACUGAUUACCUGUUUCAAGAGGAUUUGAAUCGAGUCGAUGAUGCAGAUGAUCCAUCCGCCGCCCCCAUCUCUCAGCUUGCUAUGACGAAGCGCUUGUUAUCAGAAGCUCAAAAAAUCGCGUAUGUGGGGCUAUGCAGCACAUUAUCGCAUCAUAUGGUCCAAGAUCUCUCGACCUAUACAAACAAAGAGACCCAUCCAGCUAUUCAGAGUGCCAAAGAGUGGGUCCUUCGUGUCAUGAUUCGAUUGUACCAACAUCUCGACAUCGAGCCGACGGAGCAGUCCAUGAUCGAGUCUUUGCCAUUGCAUGGGAUUUUAUCAUCUGAUCUGGCACCAAGUCUCGUCGCCACGCAGACCAUUCCCAACCCAGCGUACAACCCACAGUCUGCUAAACAAGUGCCUGUAUCGCGACCUCCUUCACCACCGGCCCCGUCCUGGUCUCAACAAGCGUCCAAACCACAACACUCCUCGCAUUCAUCAGAGCAGGACAUAUCUCAGCCUGCGUCAGAUUCGCCCCCCAAGACACCCCCCCAGCGUGCUACACCAAGUGAAGCCGAGCAAAUGUCAGCGGCUGAUCCCUCGUCACCUUCGCCCAAUGUGCUCACAGACCCAAACUCGGCUAUGCAGCUUGCUGAGCACGCAGCCAAUGGGCCAAGUGUUCCGACGCGCGUUCCUGAAGCGUCCCUCAAAGCACCACCACCGUCGAAUCAGCCUACGACGUCCAUGCCAACACUCGAUGGCGUGUCGACAGAAAUCAAUGAGGCGUCUAAAACCAUUACGCUCGAUUUACGCUGGACGGUUUUGUGUGAUUUAUUCCCUUGGUUUCUUAACCUGGCCGAAUACCGGUGUUUGAAUCCGCGUUCCGCGCCACGCCGAGAGCCAGCCACUGGUGCCGCUGUCGGCAUCAGCGGAACAUCGGCCUUUUUAGGGGGUGUCGGAGGAGCUACUAUCAUCACAACAACAGGCACGAUCAGUGGUGCGACGAUGGGCGGACGUGGCAUGAGCCGUCGCAUACGCAGUGUCCAAACAUUCGAGUUCCGUCCGUUACAUUACCACAAGCGUGUGAACUGCAUCAUCACUGUGCCAGGCUUCCUCAAAGGUCCCGAAGAUGAUCCGACGCUGCCGUACAGUGUGAUCGAUCCGAUCAUGGGUGAUGUGUUCAGUAUCAUGUGGGAGCCCCAGAUGAUGCAAGAGAUGGGAAACGCCAUGUCCAUCCUCUGGAACGAGACCCUCGUCCAAGGUGUUCAGCAAGUCCUGGCUGCGACAGUCGCAGGCGCCAUGUUUAGCGCGCUUGCAUGGCCACUGUGGCUCACGAAACUGAACUACCUGAUUGACAAUCCUUGGUCCAACGCGACGGAGCGCGCUCGCACGGCGGGAUUGGUGUUAGCCGAUGUGCUGAUCAACCGGCAGAUGGGCGUGCGCCCUAUUACCCUCGUCGGGUAUAGUUUAGGCGCCCGAAUGAUUUUUUUCGCGCUUCUUGAGCUUGCUCGACGAAAAGCGUUCGGCAUAGUACAGAACGUGUACCUAAUGGGUGCGCCUGUCACGUCUCGUGAAUAUGAAUGGCGAACUGCUCGAAGUGUCGUGUCAGGACGCUUCGUCAAUGCGUAUGCACGAUCUGAUUGGCUUCUUGCAUACUUGCACCGUGCCACAGCCGGUGGCGUGCGCAGCAUUGCUGGACUACACCCUGUCGACUUUGACUGUGGCAUUGACAAUAUUGAUGUGACAAACAUCGUUCCCGGCCAUCUUGCGUAUCGUGCGUUGACGCCACUCGUGCUAGGCGAGCUCGGAUUCCAAACAACGGCCGAUUACUUUGACGAGCCAGAAUCGCUCGAUCAUGUACCCGAGCGAUCUUUUGAGACUGGCAAUAAGCCAGCAGAACCAGCUACAGCUGCCCAAAAGCUCAAAAAUCUGUUUUGGGGGAACAAAGCCCAGUCUACAUCUUCAGCGUACGCCCCACCAACACCUAUGGGAAAAGACAAUCACCAGAACAAGCCAAAAAAUUCCGUCAUUUACGAUGCAUUCGAUGAAUGCGAUACCCCGAAGCCCGACGCCAGACAGGUACCUACAACUGAUACAAACAACACGGAUGAUGCAAGUGCUGCAACCGUAAAUGUCGACAAGCCCGAGCCAGUUGCAAAUGCUAAGGGCGAUGCACGUUCUAACGCUAUUUCUCAGCAGAUGCAUCCCUCAGCAGAGACAAACGAAAGUGCAACGUCGCCAAGUUCGCAUGACAAUGUUGAGCCGCUCACCGAAUUGAGCAAGGAGGGAACUUCUAUCGUGACAACUGAGCCGCCGCAACCUCCUCUACAACAAGAGGAUGGCUUACAACCACGCAACAUCACGACCAAGUCCUAUUACAUACCCGCAGAUACUGACGCAUCGAUGCCAUCAUUCGCCACGUACGGUCUUGCGCCCGACGAAGCAGCGAAGCUUGCAGCGCAAUUUAACAGCAUGUCGACGUCGACGUCCAUGCCUGUGGACUCAUUUGAGCCUGCGGAUUCUGGAAAUCCUGUUGAAAAUGAAUGGGGCACACAGACUCAAAAAGACGGAGUGACAACAACAUCAUCUGCCGCGGCCACCGCUGUUGACACGACCCGCCCAUCUUCAACUGCAGAAGAACCAUCAGAUUUGCCUGAUUGGGCCAGCAAGAAUCCUUGGGGAUAG